ACGAAAGCAAAGUUAUCGAAGGUCGGCACUGAAGUCGAACGCAAUCAUUGUUUCUAUUUUCUAAAGAUACAUCGUACCCUCGCCACCAUGAUGGAUCACCAAGGUGGCCAAAGGGCCCAGUCCUCCAAGAGGCGAAUAAUUUUUGUAGGCGUAAUUCUGUUGAUGGUUUGUGUUGUUGUGGCUGUGGCAGUUCCGGUGGCCGAGGCGAAGAGGGGCAGCAAUGGUGAGCACGAGGAUGACAUUGAAGCCAUGUUGGAACCAAAAGCAGGGUUCGACUCAAAAACACAAUUAUCUGUAACUCUUGACGACCUGCACUCAUCAACAUCGUCAAAUUCCACCGAUGAUCUUUCGGAUGAUGCCCUAGAAGACGGGCCCCUUAGCAUGAAUGGAACUGUUGCAUCCAAUCACACUUUCACCAAUGCCACUCAAAAUAUAUCCCGAGACAUCACCCAAGACAGCAGCAAUGCCGACACAGAAGAGUCUAUUAUGAUACAACCCUUACCGCCCCCAGGACUCGCUGUGAUAGUCGAUUCCUUUACGGUCCUGGCAACGAUAUCCCAUGAUUCCCAAGCGUUCACUCAAGGGCUGACCUUUGAUCCAUUGGACAGCUCAGUGGUCUAUGAGUCAACUGGCUUGUACGGAAGAUCAAGUGUUCGAAAAGUUGAUAUUACGACUGGAGAAGUACUCCUGAAAACAGAUACAUCCAGGGAAAUGUUCGGAGAAGGCUUGGCGUACUACACAACAAAGACAACACCGGCAGAGGGCAGACUAAUCCACAUCACAUGGCAAAGUCAAAGGGGCUUUAUCUUUGACGCCGAAACCCUCACGGUCCUGGAAGAAUUCAGGUUUGAAACAGAACGAAACCAAGGAUGGGGGAUAACCUACAACCCAAUUGCAGACCAGUUUCUCGUCACGGAUGGAUCUAGCAUGCUGCAUUUUGGGAUCGUGAUCUCAACGAGGUGCACGUAUUCAAGUCACCCUCCAAUUGGAUGAAGGCGGACCCAAGUUUCCCGUUAAUGAUCUCAAUGAGAUUGAAUGGGAUAAUGAUACUCAGACAGUGCUGGCGAAUGUCUGGCGGACAGAUAAUAUUUUGCGCAUUGAUCCAAUCUCAGGAGCCGUGCUUGUCGUGUACGGCAUGGGCAUGCUCAACAGACCCUUCUCGGCUGACGUGUUGAAUGGCAUUGCCAUUAGUCCAACAAAAGAACUAUGGGUUACUGGAAAGCUUUGGCCAAACAUGUACAAGAUUGAAUUCAACGAGAGAUGACAAGUCGACGACAUUGCAAUGAAGACAACUUGGAACAUUGCAAUAAUGAAGACAACUUACAAAGAUUGUGCGCAAGGUCUAUAUGGGAACAUUGAUGGUGGCUGUAGAUACUGUACAUUAGGAAGGAUAAUUUUGCUAGGAGGGUGACUAUUAUUAAUGCUCG